AUGAAAGUUGAUUCACUAGUGAUAUUUUCAUUAUUAGCAUUUUCAAGAAUUCUUGGUACAUUAUCACAAUGCUUUGAUUAUCCAAAUCCUUUAAAUAGAACGUAUAAAAUAUCCACCACAUGUCCAAUGGAAAAGCAACAGAAAUCCAUAAAAUUUGCCACAUCAUAUUCGCAACAAAGUGGGGAAAAUAUGUUUUUGUUAACAUUUACAUGUGGAAUACCGGAUGUAGCUCUUUGUGAUAAAGCGAAAAAUGCAUUUGAAUCGGCUGGUAAAAUCAUCUCAUCCACUUUACAACUUAAUACGCCGAUAAAUUUAAAUGCCAGUUUCUUGGACUUUUGCAAGACAUUGGGAGAAUGUCCAAAAGGUGGAUUUGUAACGUUAGGAGGGGCAACUCCCGCAAGAACAAUUCCAUUACAAGACAAUGAUGGGUUAGUCAGAUUAUAUCCUCAAGCGUUGGUAAAACAAUUUCAAUUUAAGCAACAUCCUUCCUUCGGACCUUUUGAUAUUACAGCGUUAUUUAACGCCGUGGGGGCAAGUUAUUGGUUUGAGGGAGAUCCUCCGAUAUCACGUGAACAGCAGGAUUUUUUAUAUGUGGCAAUACAUGAGAUGAUACAUGGAUUGGGAUUCGCGUCAGGGUGGGAAGAUUAUGUGAACGAAACCCCCGAAGCGUUGACACCGGAAAUUUCAAUAUCCGGGAAUCCAUUGAAACAAUUCAUGUUUGAAGGAUUUUUAGAAUCGGCAUUUGAUAGACAUAUCAUUCACAUCCCGACGGGAAAAAGGCUGUCGGCAUUCACAGGAGAGUUAAAUAAGUUUCAAAAUGCCUUUGGAGUGAACUUUCAAAGCGAUAUAGAUUUUAUAACAAAAUUUCGUAGUUCACCUCAAUAUCAAUUGGCAAAAGAGGUCAUGAGUUAUUCUAUCGUGCACAAUACUUUGGGAUUCUUACCUCGAGGAACCACAAAGGCUGAUGAUGCCAUCAUUUUAGAAACUGGUUUGGUACCUUAUCAGCCGGGUUCGAGCGUAAGUCAUGUAGAUUUCAAAACCUAUAAUAAUACCAUUGAUUUUCUCAUGAAAUAUUUGGCGGAUCACGGAGCCGAUUUGAAAACUUUAAUUGCUAUUCGUAAUGGAAAUAAUUAUGGGGAAGUUAAGACCGUCAUAAGUCCAAAAUUGAAACUCAUCUUGGAAACGAUAGGAUAUUCCACGCCAGACUAUACAAAUCCAUAUAAACCAAGUGUCACGAUAAUUGGAAACAAUUUUGAUCCAACGGUGAAUGAACCAAUAGAACCGGGAAAUGCAAAUGAAAAAGCUAUAAACAAUAGUCAUAAAAAAUCAAAUGCUGAUGUUAAAACCAACAAAUUAGAUUUCUGGAUGAUAUUGAUCGUUAAUUUAUUAAUUUUAAUAAUAAUGCGUUGA